AUGGUCCUGUCAAGGCCUGCAAUUGACCAGACGCUUGAUCAGCAGGGAUUGCGGCAGGUCCACCCAGAACUGGCGGGACCACCAGCGAUCGCCUCCUUGGGGAAGAGCCCAGGGCCGCUCGUUUUGAAGUACACCCGCAACCGCUCGGCCAUACCGGCCAAGAUGGUCCAGCAGCUCGUGAAGGAUAUGCUUGUCCAUGAGCAUCCGGUGGAGGCUGCCGACGAUGUGGAGCUCGACACCGAAGAUCCAGCCGCUCUUGACCAGUUCCAGUUCUAUGUCAAGACCAACGGCUCAGCAAUGGCUUAUGACUGCCGAUAUCACUGUGUUGCAGAAGCAGACGAUCGGACGAUCGCUUGUGGGCGGCUCAAAGUGGAGGAGAAUAAGACACCGGACUUGCCGCUCCGACAAAUCUUUGGACGGCAGAGGGUGUCACAAGAUCUAUGCAAGCUCGCAGCAAAUUCUGGCUUGCUCACGGUCGAGACUUUUGCUAUGCUCGGCGAUGACAUCGCUGCAGUGAAGAACACGCUCAAAAGUUUGGUGCCAGAUGUGGCGGCGUUUGGGGCGGAUGGCCCGGCUCAGGAGCUGGCGCUCACCAGCCUCGCCGCAGUCUGGAAAACUUGUAGUACAAUGCAGGAUCAUUUUGCCAAUCGGCGCGCAAAGAUGGAAGAAGAUCCAUCCAAAGUCCCAGAGAUCCCUGGGGAAGAUCAUGCCGAAUUCAGGGAGACGUUCGUCUCGCGCCAUCCUGACGUUCUGCUGCCUCCUCAUCGGGAACCACAUCGCAAGUUCGUGGAGCGAGUUCAGCGCGACUAUCUCGUUCAUGGCUUCGUUCACUUCUACGAGGUUGGGGAAAUUCGGACCCGCAACGAGAACAUUGCUCAGAAGUCCGGCCUGACCAAGAAUGCUGAAGAUCUGCUUCGGGUGGUCAUGAUCGACCAACCGUCAGCCGCAAGCUCCGAAGCUCAGGUCAUGGAUAAGCUCCACGCCUUUUUCAUCACCUUGGAGUACCUCAACAUUUGUGAGUUCUCCGUGGAUGCGGGCAAGUAUUUAGCCCAGCUCGAGGAGUGGAGGCAUGAAAAUCGAGGACUCGCUUUGCUGCUGACCGUGGAUACGCUCAUCCGCAAGAAAGUUCACAGAGUGAGUUCAGACCAGCGCAAGAAGUUCACCAGCUUUUCUGCCGCUCUGGUAGAGGUGUUGGACAAUCACAAGCAGCUCUGGAAUGACGCUCGCUCCAGUGCUGAACUGGACAAAUACAAGCAAGCUACGCUGACCCCGGCGCCAGUGACACCAAGGAAGCGCCCUCGGUCAGUGUCGCAAGAGCCGAAGUCAACGGCCAAAGCUCGGAAGAACAAGGCUCGGAGGGAGCGCCAGAAAGCACAGCUUCAGAAGGCAAAAGCUCUGACGAGCCCCUCUGCCAAAGAGGCGGCUCGCAAACCUGCUCGAGAUGAACGUGUUCCCGCCAAGGUGGAGUUGGAUCCUCCACCUGGGGAAUGGGCGGCUGCUGCCAGCCCCACGAAUGAUGAUCCGGCGGUCGCUCCGCCCGAUCGGAAAGCGGAGCUGGGUUCCCAGCGGUUUUGGCCUGAUUGGGAUUCAAUUUUGCAUGAUCGUAGCUUUGUGAAGGAUGGCCCCUUCUUUUUGGAGCUCUUUGCCGGGCUCGCCGGCCUGACUGAAGCAGUUUACCUUGCGGGAGUGCCGGUGCUGCCUCCGGUUGACAUCGUGCCGUCCCCGUUGGUGACUACACCUCGUGAUCUGGUGGACUACGUGGUCUGGCGGCAGAUCUUGGAGAUUUUGGCCCUUGGUGUGGUGUUCUUUCUGCACUGCGGCACUCCUUGCAAUACGUUCACAUCAGCUCGCAAAGAAGAUGGGGGCCCUCCUCCACUACGCUCUGAGUCCCAGCCGCUCGGGCGGGACGACCUGAGCGCGGACAACGCCAACUUGGUCUUUUUGGGCAAUUUAUUUUUGGAGCGUUCAGUGGAAGCCUGCUUUUUGGUUUUCAGUCUGGGCGGUGACUUCCUGAUCGAGAACCCCCUGCUUAGUUUGCUGUGGUUGACACCCCAAUUGGCCCUGCUCGUGCGCCGCACGCGUGCUUUUCACUUGGACUGCGAUCAAUGCGCGUUUGGCACACCGUGGAAGAAGCCGACCAAGUUUGUCUGCUCCUCGGAACUGCUAGAUGCUCUCGCCGUUCGUUGUCCAGGUGGCCAUGUUCACAAGAAGCUCAAGGGCAAGGUUUGGGAUCCACAGCAGCAGCGCAUGGUGUUCAAGACCAAACAGGCUCAAGUGUAUCCAUUGGCGUUGUGCGCCACAAUUGCUCAACAGAUUGUGCAGAUUUUUGCUCACCGGUUUUCGCAUUUUGCCAAGUCUUUUCAGCUCUGUGUUCCUGGCGCCGAUCGGAAACGUGCUCUCCACUCGGCAAAGGAGUGGGCUGGCCAUCGUCAAGCUGAGACAGCCUCGAAAGCUCUGGCCGCCGGCUAUCAGUUGAAGCGGGGUGCCGCCAAGCCGUUGUUCGAACUUGAACUUGAACCAGGUGAAGCCGUGCAGUUCGCUCUACAACUGGUACAUCCGUUCUCACGGCCAGCCCCCCUGCCGGCAGCGCUAGAAGAAGCUAUUUCAUUUGGUGGCGACUGCUCCACAGGCAGUGCUCGAGUUUAG